UUCCAUUAACAUUUCCCCAAAUUCACACAACAAACGAACGAACAAUCAAUCUACAGAAGCUCCAACAAUGGAAGAUGAAAUCGAAGUCCCCCACUACUUCCUCUGCCCCAUCUCCCUCCAAAUCAUGAAAGACCCUGUAAUUCUCCCCUCCGGCAUCACCUACGACCGCCACUCCAUUGAAACCUGGCUCUUCUCCAACAAAAACUCCUUCUGUCCCGUCACCAAACUCCCCAUCUCCGAUUCCGAUUCCGAUUUCCUCACCCCCAACCACACCCUCCGCCGUCUAAUCCAAGCUUGGUGCACUUUAAACUCCUCCCAUGGCGUCGAACGCUUCCCCACUCCCAAACCCCCCAUUCAUAAAUCCCAAAUCCUCCACCUCAUUUCCUCUGCCAACACUUCCCCUUCUUCCUUAAUCUCCUCCAUUCAUCGUCUCCGCUCUAUCUCCGAUGAAUCUGAAACCAAUCGCCGCUGUGUUGAAUCCGCCGGAGCGCCAGAGUUUUUAGCCUCUGUUAUUGUUGACACCGACUCCUCUGCUUCUUAUGAAGCUCUCUCCACUCUCCAUAACCUCCGUCUCUCCGAUUCAACGUUCAAACGCUUGGCUACCCAUUCCGAGUUUCUUGAUUCUUUGACGAAUUUCAUGAAAUUACGGGGUACCCAAGAAUCGUCGAGAGCGUAUGCCGUCUUGAUUUUGAAAUCUAUUGUAGAAGUCGCUGACCCAAUUCAACUAAGCUUCUUGAAAUCCGAUUUGUUUGUGCAAAUUGUUGAGAUUUUGAAGGAUCGGUCAUCGUCUCAGCAGAUUUUCAAGGCAGCAUUGGGGAUUUUGAUUGCGGUAUGUCCAUGGGGAAGGAACAGGGUGAAGGCGGUGGAAGCAGGUGGGGUUGGGGUUUUGGUUGAGAUUUUACUAGCGACGCCGGAAAGGAGAGUGUGUGAGAUGACAUUGAUGGCGAUGGAUUUGCUCUGUGGGUGUGCGGAAGGAAGGGCGGCGCUGCUGGGACACGGCGGAGGGAUGGCGGUGGUUUCGAAGAAGAUAUUGAGAGUAUCGCAAGUGGGGAGUGAAAGGGCGGUGAGGAUUCUGUAUUGGGUGGCGAAAUUCUCGGGGAGUCCGGCGGUUUUAAUGGAAAUGGCGCAAUUGGGGAUUGUGGCGAAGCUUUGUUUGGUUCUGCAAAUCGAAAAUGGAAGCAAGACGAAGGAGAAAGCUAAAGAGAUUUUGAAAAUGCAUGCUCGUGUUUGGAAGAAUUCGCCUUGUAUUCCUUCUAAAUUGGCUUCUUCAUAUCCUACAAAUUAAGGAAUUUCAUCAAACAAAACCCCAUCCAUUUUAACUCAUUUCUCUUUUUCUUCUCAUUUUUGUGUAUAUAUAUUAUUCACUACAAUUGUAAACUGUGAAUUUAGAACAAUUAUUCAAAUGAAAAUCAAUACACAUUGUCUCUUUGCAAAAGUUUGU